AUGAACGGGCAGGACGUUCCAGUUCAAGUGCACCGUUCGGUUGGAAAUCUUGUCUCAUACUGGCGUAAUAAAAUGGACGGAUUGAAAACUAUCACUGACUAUGUUACCAACUUAUUCAAUAUUGAUGUAUCAGAUGUCUGUGUAUCUAAAAAUGCAAUCAAACUGAUUAAAUGGGUGAUCAGAAGACAAAAAACACCAUUGGAAAGUGUCACUGUCUGCGGCGUUACAUCAUCAGAAGAAGAACUGAUUUAUAUUUUGAGGGAUUGCGAAACUUUAUCGCAAAUAGAAAUUUGCUCAUUUUCUCCACGCCACUUCCGCUUCUCCGAAAAGUUUCGAAGAAUCGAUUUUUUAGAUAUCUGGUAUGGAGAAUGGGUGACACUUGACAACUUAUUGACAAUGGAUGGGAUCGAUAUUAUUCUGGGAUCAUCUAGUCUGUCUAAUAAUGAUGUGAAUGUGUUUCUGGAGCACUGGCUGUCUGGAGGGUGUCCCCGAUUGAAACUGUUCUGCGCUAGAAUUGGUACUGUGGAUAUCCUACAAUUACUUGAUGGUCUCAUGCAUAACGUCGUUUUUGUAGAGGAUCGUCGUUACUACACCAGCCCAUUUGGAUACAGGAGAACCUUGUCAUUUGGAUAUGACAUUCAACGUGCGGAUGGCGUGACAGCUACAGUAUGCAAAGAGAGGAAUGAAAACGUAGUUAUUGCUGUUUGGCCAGAGACCACUCAUAAUUAUAAUUAA